AUGUCGCCCAAGAUCAUUGGCAACUCCGCUCCUUGGAAGCAGGUCAGCGAUGCUCGCACCAGUGAGCUUAACCUCAUGCAGGAGAGCUCCUAUGAGACUGCCAUCAUUUGGGCUAGAGUGACAGGUGAGAAGACUUUGGACGACAGCAUUCAUGCUACCGCCAAAUCCCAGUUACAGGCCCAGAUGAGGUGGAAAGAGACUUAUCAGUCCUACAUUUCCCCUCUAGCUUCCGCGUCUCGCACCGAGGUGAUUCAUCAUUCUGUUGUCUCUGGCAACAAGACCGAACCUCGCGCUGCUUCUGUGCUCGCCACUGCCCGUUACUCUGAUGAAGCUGGAGCUGUCGACGCUGACACCACCGAGAACCCCGGACAUGAUGAAGAGCCUGGCAAGACUGAUAAGACCAGCACCGAUGGCAACACUCAUGGGGAUGAGGGCUUCCGCCCUCCCGCGUCUGCCAAGGAGUUCAUGAGUUCUUUUCGAGCCUUGCGACUGGCCAAUGCCGCUGUUGUUGCUGCCGCCGCUGCCGAGCCUAGCCCCCCUCGCCGCUUGCUUUUCAAGAACCUUCCCAAGUGGGUGACAGUAUCCCACGUUCUGCACCUAGUUUACGGUGGUGUCAUCGAGCGGGCCUGGAGUGAGACCUCUGGCGAGGUCAAUGUGCAGUUUACCGAUGCCAAUGACUGCAACAGAUAUCUCGAAAUGCGUCCCGAGGGUAUCCCCCUCAAAGUCGGCGACGAUGUGAUCAACAUUUCCAUUGAGCUGAUGGACAAUGACAACGAACAUCCUGAGCUUGCACGCCGCCUCAGAGCUGAUGCUUCGCGCGUCGUGUGCCUUUCUGGUCUGCCAACCUCGCUGAUGGGCAAGAACGACGAGAACAUUCUGGGUAUUGCUUCUCAGUCCAACUGGGAGAGCAAGGCGCUUGAGCAGGUUCUGAUCACGAAUGGCGAAGAAGUAAGUCUACCGCCCAGCGUUGACUCUGUUGAUGUUGAAGCGCCCACUGACUUAUUGAAGGGAACCCUCGAUAUCCAUGUCUCUUUCUUCAGCCUGCACGAUGGCUGGGACUUUUAUCAAGACAUCAAGGAAGGCACUUACGAUUGCAUUUCCAAGUUUGAGGCUGACCCUUGUGCUCUGGCGCAAGAGUUUCACUUCUUCGAUGUGAGAAACCCGAUGUUCCGAGCACUCGCCGCCGUCAUGUCUGAGUAG